UUAUCACUUAAAGACAAUAGCAAGGAAUUUGUCUCAUUUUAAAUUUGGGGACUGCAAGCUUUUUGUUUUUGUUUCUAUAAAUACCUUACAUUUGUUGUGGUUUUGUCAUGUGUAAAUGUGGGCUAUUCUUUUGGUGCUGAAAUCCGACCACACUAGUCGCCUCUCAACUCCAUCGUAAAUCGUGGAGGCAAUGGCUAUCCCAGGCAUUGUAUUCACCACUCCAUGUGGAUGUGAUAGUCAUGGAGGUAUGUAACGUCACAUUCACUUAGACCAGAUGAGACUUUGCCUAUCUGUUCUUUCUUGCACAGUAUUUACUUCAUUUCAAUGUAACAUUAUUGUUUCAAACAGGGCCAGAAGUGAGACACUACAACGGUGCCAAGUUUGGGCCGCAUUCAAUGACAGAACACUGUAUAUAAAAUAAUGGGUGCCAAGACCUGAGGUCGACAGUGGGGAGAUUGCUACCUUCCAUUCUGUCGAGACGUUUUUACAUCGCCACAACCUGCACUGGGGCAGGGAAUAAGGGCUGUUUCAGGGACUUAUUUCUGAAGACCAUUCGUCACCGUAAGUUUUGAUAUUAUUAAAUGAGUUACACUUGUUUUCUCUACUUUUGAGUAGAUUCAAAUGUAACUCAAUGUUCUUUAUUUGUGUAUAGUAGCCAUUCAGAAGAACCUUGCAACCUGGGAUGCCACAGAUGAGGGGGUCCAGAUUCGUGUCACCCGUUACCCGUAAGGGACCUCCGAUUGUGAAGGCGGCAGGCAACUGCGCACAAGGAAGAGGGAUCUGAUGCAGUGAGGGUCAACUUCAAGUCUCGGACCGCCUGUCUCAAAGCCACACCCUUCUUAUGUCACCUCACUGCACUACUAAUGUAUAUACUUUCAUAUAACUAUGCUGUAUGGUGUGUACCUUAUUCCACUCACAAUGUACAUGGGCAAACAAUGUCCAUACUACUAUCCCAAAAGUUUUUAUUUGUAUUUUUUAUCUGCAUGCCUCAUACUUGAUUUAGUCGUUUUCUUAGUGUUAUGUAAAUGCAAUGUCAGUUAUUUGACUGCUUUUCUAUGUUACUUAUUUGAUUUACUAUGUCACUUUUGUCACAAUUGCACUGUGUGAGAAGCCUGCAAAUACAUGACAAUAAAAUUCGAUUUGACUGGAUUUGGAUUGGUCAUCACCAGUGGAUCCAGGUGACCAGGACUGGCCCUCAUUAUCUGAUAUAUACUGCACACACACAAUCAUUUACAGUACUUUUCCACAAACAUUUUACAAUGGCAUCCAAUGUAUCUUAAAUAAUACAAAUCUAUAAAUAAAUAAAAAAUAAGUGGUGACAGGGGGUAGGCAUGCCCUGGCUUGAUAGCGAAAAAAAUCGUAUUUCUUCUGAUUGGCAGCUGUAGUGUCACUGGUCGGGAGAGGGCGGGUGGGCUUUGUUAGGAAAUCCACACAUGAACCGUAGAAGCACGGUUGAUGCUUGACAAAGCCGCCUAUCGCGGGCGCCGGGUGAAUGAGGACGAUGGGCAAAAAAGCUGUUGCAUGGCGCUUGACCAUUCUGGAGGGAUUGCCGGUCUCCCAGAUGCUCAUCGCUGAUGCAGAAUUUAAUUGACAUAAUUGCACUGAACUGUGAUUUGUAAAUAUAAACCAAUCUAAAAAGGUAUAAUAUGUUUGAUUGAUUUCAGUUUUCAAACAAAAGUGCAUUUAAAGAAGACAGGCGAUAAUUGCGUGAAAGUAGGGCUACUUUUAUCAGUUAAUAUGUUUACUUAACAAUCACUUAAAAAGUGUUACAAUCAAUCCCGGUCUCCCUUCCUUCACUGUAUUUGCACUCAAUGUCCCUUGACGCAUGCGAUUACGUAUGAUAUGCAACAUCUCAAAAACAUGUUUUAGAUUAAAGAAAGCCAUAUAAAAUAAUGACGUGUUAUAUAAUAUGAUACAAUGACUUGUAAUAAUUUCCUAACUAAAUAAAGGUUCAAUAAAAUCAUAUUUAAAUUAUGUCUGUCUUUUCUUCAAGGGUUUCCACUGUCCCUUAGCUCCUCCCUCUCUGUACCUUGUGACAACCACAACUCAUCAACAGAGCAUAUGCGGAGCCGCACUUAUCUGCUCAUUCUCCUCCUGUCAUUCCGCCUUCUAUCUUUGAUCAUUGUCCCACCGCGCUCAGCCCAAACCCUCACUCACCACCUAUUUUCAGCAUCUCUCUCUACUCCCCAACUCAUCAGAGGAGCUAAACUCCCGUGGAAUCUUUCAUUUGGAGUUCCUCGACUGCCGCACUUUUUUCCGCAGGAGUGGUUUUUAUACUUUGAACUUACUCUUCUUCCCCUCGGUGACCAUGGCCGUACCGGCUGCUUUGAUCCAGCCAAUCCCUCUGGUCCAGACGCCUUCGAUCUCCACUCCUUCCGCGACCACGUCCCCGCCGUCAACAACUUCUUCCCCGUCUCCCUCCGUGGGCCCAUCCGGCCAGAACCUAUUCCGCUCGGAACUCCUCGCCAACAGUAGCCCCGGCAUCUCGACCGGGACUCUGCCCAGCAAACCAGUCUACUCGACCCCGUCGCCUGUUGAAAACACCCCGCAGAACAACGAGUGUAAAAUGGUAGAACUGCGGGGGGCGAAGGUGGCGUCUUUCACCGUGGACGGCUGCGAACUCAUCUGCCUGCCCCAGGCGUUCGAUCUGUUUCUGAAGCACCUGGUCGGAGGACUGCACACCGUGUACACCAAGCUGAAGAGACUGGAGAUCACACCGGUGGUGUGCAAUGUGGAGCAGGUCCGCAUCCUGCGAGGUCUAGGGGCCAUCCAGCCAGGAGUCAAUCGCUGCAAACUCAUCUCCAGAAAAGACUUCGAGACUUUGUACAAUGACUGCACCAAUGCCAGCUCCAGACCAGGCAGACCUCCAAAGAGGACCCAGAGUGUGACAUCAUCAGAGAACCCACACAUCAUGCCUCACUCUGUCCCUGGCCUCAUGUCCCCUGGAACCUUCCCAUCCUCAGGGCUGACAGCGGCAGCGGCGGCAGCUGCCAACGCGGCCAUUGCCGAAGCCAUGAAGGUGAAGAAGAUCAAGCUGGAGGUGAUGAGCGGCUACCACGGCAACGCCAACCAGCAUGGGGCAGACGGUGAGAACGGAGACGUCAGCUCCAGUGUGGGUUUGGAACUGCCCUUCAUGAUGAUGCCCCACCCCCUGAUCCCGUGCAGCUUGCCCCCUGCUUCUGUCACCAUGGCAAUGAGCCAGAUGAACCACCUCAGCACCAUCGCCAACAUGGCCGCCGUCGCACAGCAACAGAGCCUGCCCUGCAGAAUGGUCACCUCAGUUAUCAAGGACCAGGAUUGGGAAACACUGUUAUAUUCCAACAUGGCCGAUGUGGCACAGCAGCAGAGCCUGCCCUGCAGAAUGGUCACCUCAGUAAUCAAGGAGCGUGUCCCAGACAGUCCCUCCCCCACCCCUUCCUUAGAGGACGGCAGGAGGCCCGGCAGCCACCCGUCGUCCCACCGCAGCAGCAGUGUCUCCAGCUCACCGGCCCACACAGAGAGCUCCUCAGACAGGAUACGUACGUCCCCCUAUUCCCUCCCCAUGCAACGAGUCAGACUGGCUAACUGCGUGUUCAGUUCCGCAACCAUACAUCAGAAUGGUCUUUCUAUGAACCAAAUGAACCAAGCUCUGCUGGGCCUCUCCCCUAGCAUUCUGCCUGGGCCUAAAGAAGGAGACCUGGCCCACGACAUGAGUCACGAAGCAAAGAGGAUGCACAUUCACAAAGACGACAAUCCAAUGUGCACCCCGACUGCGAGAGACAGCUACGAGAGGCUGUCAUUGACUGGACAGGGUCUACCACCUGGCUUCCCUUCGCCAUUCCUGUUCCCAGACGGCCUGUCAUCAAUAGAGACUCUUCUCACUAACAUACAGGGCCUGCUGAAGGUUGCGAUUGACAACGCACGGGCCCAAGAGAAGCAGGUGCAGCUGGAGAAGACGGAGCUAAAGAUGGAGCUGUUCAGGGAAAGAGAGCUCCGGGAGACCCUGGAGAAACAGCUCGCUAUCGAACAGAAGAACAGAGCAAUAAUCCAGAAGCGCUUGAAGAAGGAGAAGAAGGCAAAGAGGAAACUUCAGGAGGCUCUGGAGUACGAGUCCAAGAGGAGGGAGCAGGCUGAGCAGUCCCUCAAACAGCCCUCACCCUCAGAAGGCCUGCGCUCACUCAAUGACUCACUGACCCCAGAGAUGGAGAGUGACCGCAGUGCUGGAAGAACAGAUGCUGAGAGGACAAUACAAGAUGGAAGACUGUUCUUGAAAACCACAGUGAUGUACUGAUAAGAAGAUGAUGCGGAGAGCUGAAGGGGAAAACAAUCCCAUGAAGAUACUCAAGAGCCCUUAUCCAGGCAGAUUUAGUAGCAGAAACAAGUCUCGCUGCGUUUACUGUAGCAGUUCAAUGGAAGUGUGUUUGGCCAAACGCCGAAGAAGGGUUGUGUCUGAAUGUAGAAUUAGAACACUUUUUCUUACAGAUAUCAACAUAAUAUAGUAGCUAAAGCAGGUUUUGAUGCAUUGAGGUGGGUUGUUUUCUAAGUAUAAACACAUUUUUAGCACAGUAAAUAAUUACCAAGGGGUACACUGUUGGUAAUAUCUCAGAUAAAUUCUCAGCACUGAAGAUUUUUUAUACUGUAUUUCAACCAGCGAGAAAGCUUUGAACAUGGUCAGACUCAGAGGUUUUGUUUUGUAUUUCAAGUUUAAUUCCAAAAUAUAAAGCUUGGAAAGAACCUGUGAAAAAAAAUUAUAAUUUAUCCGUAUGUUGAUCAAAGGAGGCGACUGAGAUUUGAUUUGAAUGUUUUCUAAAUAGAAGAAAAUACAAUCAAGUUUCCUUUUUACUAUUGUUGUAUACACCAGAACUGAUGAUAAUGAUAGGAUAACUCACUCUAUCAAUAUGGUAUAUGUAUAAAGUUAAGAGGUGGUAUUGGGUAUGCAGUAGAUCUAUUAGGAAGACAAUACUGACAUUUAUAUGAAUUUAUAGUUUGUUUUUAUUUCAUUUCUGAGCCAUCAUUCUUUAAAAUACCUGCCAUUUUGGUGAGAAAGCAUGCAGGCAUGUAAAUGUUUGUCCUGGAAUUAUGAUAUUUAAAUCCUAUAUUGUGCUGAACAAAUACGUAGGGUUGAUUCACUUUAGCCCAACUGAUUUCGAAAAUGUACACCUCAAACAUUUUGCUUUCCAAUAACAACUUUUGCUGUCAAUAGUAACCCUUUGCAACAGGUAAUACUGUUUUUUAUUUGAACACUUUUUUAAAGAUAGUUUCCCAGACACCUUUGUUCCUAAUGUGUGGCUAUUAACAUGUUACAUGGACUGUUGGUAAUCACAUAUUAUCACUUGGUAACGAAUCUCCUCUUUCAAGACAAUUUAUUCAGAAGUCACAUACAGAUAGAUAUAGGAUCUUAAUUUGACCAGAUUCUCAAAGCAGGACAAUAAUCCUGCAGAUAAAGGAAAUGUGAAUUAUUAUGUGGAUUAUAAUGAAUUUACAUUUUUGUAUGGGGCUGAUCCAUUUUUUGUUUGUGCAAAUCAAGUCCAACAUUUUAAAGUUUUAAACUAUUUCAUGCCGUGCAGGACAUGUCCUGCAACAACAGGGUGAUCAAAUUAAGAUCCUACAUGUGUACAGACAAUGGACCAGCUAGAAUGACUAUCGGAAACAAUUAACCGACCCUCUCCGUUGUAGAGUAUUGGUAUGAAAACUGAAGCAAAGUUCCCUCACAAAAUCAGUGAUGUACAGUAUUUUAAUGCAAUCAUGAUGCAGCAAAAAGAAGACAUUUUACUUUAUGGAGAGAUGUGCUUUAUUUGUAUUCAAGCUGAAGGUUGAAUAGUUUUGCACAUCAGGUGAGUCAACUCUUAUGCAGUAUGUAAAAGUUAAUUCCAGAGACAUGAGCUGAUUUCUGUCAUGUACUGUAACAGGAACAAGCUAUGUGUUUGAAAAAAUGUUGGGAAAAGUGUUGGGAAAAGAGUCUGUGUGUCUGUCCCAUAUUCACACUUUAUUUUACUUUGAAAGUUUGUUGCGAUGUUUAUUGUUGACCUGUCGCUAAUAACUUACAUAUAGCUACGCAUAGCACACUUCAUUGUACUUCAACUUUAAAUAAACUUCAAAUGUUGAU